CGCCGCACUUUAAAAAAAACAAUCUCAAAUUUGAAAUUUCAAACAUGUAAUCAACAACUAAAUCAUGAAGCCGAAACGCACUCCGCACAUCAAACCAUCUAAAUGAAAACGACGAAAGCAGAGACUGUUUCAUUAAAAUGGAUGGCGUGUCCGAAAAUCGACACUGUACAUCCUGGCUUGGCUUACAUCUGGCCUUUGGACGAGCUGGUGGUAGCGAAGCAAAAGGACGCCUUACACGAUAUAAUAGGAAAGCCAGGCAUCAGCUACACAAUAUUCAACAAAGAAGGUCAGAAAGUAUUCCUCGCUGUGCACGAAAAACACUGCAGAAAGUUCGAUUUGAAAAUAUUUAACAUCUACGGAAACGAAGUGAUACAAGUGAAAAAACCCAAGUUUUGUCUUACUAGGAUCUUCGUUUGGGCUCCCCCAGGUAACUAUGUGGGAUCCGUAAGCAAAGGCAGGCCUUGCGGUAAAAUAUAUCUGGUCAAAGAUAGAUGUGGAGAAGUGAUUUUAAAACUACAAGCAAGAGGAUUUUUCCAAGUUAUUUACGAUGUCUUGUCAGACAGAGACCACGUCGGCAUACUCGCUCCGAAGUGGAAACUGGAAGUUCUCAAUGCGAAGAAUUUUGGAGUUUCAUUUCCAAUUGAUAUGGAUGUUGGGUACAAAGCUGUUUUGCUCGGAGCUUGUUUUCUUUUGAUUGCAUGAAAAUACAAAAUUAUAACUAAAAA